CAAACCGAAUCAGAGCGUCGACAUCAGGAGACACUUCGCGGCAUCCGAAGGAAGGCCUCAGAAAUGUCCACACCGACGCAUGUUCCGGCCGAUGAGAUGACUGAGGCUGCUACAGGCGCCUCUGGCAUCACUGAGUCUGCAGUCGCCUCUACACCCACGCAGAAAUGGUGUCGUGUUUGCAAAGUCCUGAUGGAUCGGGGGGUGGCGCCAAAGUACCACUUCCAGACAAAGCGUCAUCGACGAGCUCUUCUCGAUUCCUUGCCCAGCGCCCAACGCAUUAAUUACAAGAUGGAUGAGCUGAAUGCUGCCAGCAUUGUUGACAUUCCUCUCAACCAUCCGAGCCCGCGCAUCUUGGCAGAGCUGGAGCGACAAAAAUCCAUUGGCAAGCGAAUGGUCUCCAUUCGCCAACGCAUGAAUUCUCGGACCGCCCUCUAUCGCCGCGAAGCCUGCAUAACAAACCCGAAAAGCGCACCGGAUGGAAUUCAGAAACAACAGUAUGUCAUUCAAAUAUCAGCCCUGUAUCAGACUGAUGUUGCCCAAACGGUCUGCUUCCAUCUGGACUUACUACCUGUUCUUACAGGCCUAAUCGACCUGAUACGGUCCCAACGUUACUUUGACUUUCCCGUUGUACCGACACGUACGAUCACGCUAGCAUGCAGCGUGCUCAACCUACUCUGUUUCGACAAUUCGCUGCCUUGUUGGCACUUGCUCUUCACCAACGACUUGACAAUCCUCAUCGACUGCCUCAUCGUGAAACUUACGCGUUUGGAGACCUCCGAAUUUCAUGAGAGUGUCAAGUCUCUGGGCCAGGGCUCCUCCAAGGCUAAAUCCUCCACAGCUGGCGAUAAUUCCUCAACAACGGCGGCGGCCUCCACACCACAUCCUGCUACGGUACAGGAAGAAAAGACCUGUGUUCGCGGCCUCUUCAGCUGCCUCAUCACGGUUUUAAACGUACUUGGCAGCGCCGCAUCGCUGAAUCAGUUCGUAGCUAGUGAUCCUGUUCUGGCGGCCAAAAGCAGUACGGCGGGAGACACGACGAGUAACUGCGGACCAGAGAAGGAUGAGUCCUGUGUUUCUGCCUCCAACAGCAAACAACACGUGAAGACUCCGGCUUGGUUCCGACCCAAGGCAAUCACCGUCGAUUUCGUGGCCUUUAUAAGCAAUUCUGGUCUCAUGGAACUCAUUACUGCCCGCCUCUCCUCACCAACCCUAACCAAUGAGCUGAUUCUGUUUGGAAAGACGGCGACAGCCGGGCCGGACUCUGUCAGUGAAGGAGGCGCAGAAUCCGUCCGGACGUCCUUGGCUUUCCUAAUGAUUGAAUUUCUCACCGCCACUGUCAAGCUUCUGCCACAGUCAAGCGUACUCUCCUCCACGGAGACGAGGACCGACGAAGCGAAAGCUGCUGUGUCUGCUAAUGAUUCCACAUACAUUUUUGAGGCAGCGGCAGCUACUGAGGUCUUUGGAUUGGUUGCUCUGCUCUACGGCGUCCUUCUAUGCCCACCGACCUCAGCGACCUCCGGCAUACCCAGCAUCUCACGUAGAGAGGGUUGGGAGUCUGCGGAAUCCACGGCCUACCUCAGGACACUGCUCUCUUCGGAUGCUGUGGGUGAGGUGAUCUUGGCGGCAAUUCGCCUCAUCAAUGGGUUCAUUGUGACAGAUCAACGUGAGAUGCAGGGAAUGUAUACAGCCCGUAGUUUGGAAACCGCCGCCGCUGCCGCCGCCGCCGCCACCACCACCAUCUUCCAAAAAUGCCUACUUAACUCGUUUGCCAAAACCUUUGCUCUGUAA